AUGGAGGUCAUCGCUUCUACGCCAUUAAACGGCCUCCCCCCCCUAGACCGUCCACCGCCAACGGAUCCGCUCGUGGUCCUUGAGCAUCUGUCAGAAGUCCUUCAAAUAACGUUAGGAGCAGCUAGGAGAGAGCUAGAAGCAGUGGGAAGCCUGUUGUCCAAGGCAAAGCAGGCCGACUCCAUAGAUCGAUGCGCUAGAUUUGCUUCUGAGGCGCAGGUGGCGCUCUACGCUCAAAAAGAUAUUAUCGAGGAGGAACAUCCUGGUGCACCAGACUCAGAUACAGUUCCCGUGGAAAAGUAUGCCUAUACGAUCUCGUCCGAAUUGUCUUUUGCGUCCACAACUGUUGCCUCUGUGGCUUUCAUCAAGAGACCGACACCGCUCGAUGCUCGACUUCCUCUGCCCUCUCAACUUCAAGUUAUCAACCUUCCUGGUCUGGCUUCACUGAAGCAUUCGUCCCGAAAUCCCGGAGCGUCUGUGUCACCCUUCGAGAUACUUCACUCAAUCGUACAUUUCGCCUUAGCUCCCUGUUUCGAUGCCUAUGCCUCGACUCAAGAUGUCACUCAUGUUAGCAAGAGUCGCCCUGACUCCGAAGCAAAGGGUGGUGUGCCUGGAGCAAAGAAGAAGAUUGCGGAAUUGGAGAUGAACCUGCUACAUCUACAACAAAACAUAGACAUACCAGUGCUACAUUUGCCGCUCCAUGACCUCAUUAGAGCAGCUCUCGCAGAUGCCGCAUCUCAAAAUGCUAAGCCUUCGCUGGAUUUUAUUCCAAAUGGCGCUCUGGAGAACAGCAAGGUGUUAAACAGCUUACACAAUCACGCCAAUGGCUGGAUUAAGUCCAUUCGGACGAUUACAAAGAUGUCUAGGGAUGCAGAGUGUGACACGGCGGCCCAGGAGAUCAAUUUUUGGCUCUCAAUGGAAUCUGUUCUCGCCAACAUCGAAGAACAGUUACGUAGUGACGGAGUGCAGCUGACCAUGGAUGCCCUUCGGCACGCGAAAAGAUAUGGAGCGACCCUAAGCUUCUCAGCCGACACUGGCCUGAAAGAAGCAAUGGAUCAGGUUCAAAAAUACAACGUGCUCAUGCACGAUUUUCCACUGCCCGACCUGCUUACUGCGCCUUCCUUGGAGAAGGUUGAAGAUGCGCUGAACACGAUUUUCUCGCACCUCAACAGGAAGUUGAGAAUAAGUUCAUAUCCAAUACGGCGGACUCUGGCUCUCGUCGAGGCUAUCUCUGGAGAUCUUGAUGCUCAAAUACAUCGCUUGCUGAAUGGGCGCGUCAUUAUGCACCUUGAUUACCAAGAAUUUACCUCGGUAAUGAAAGUCACAAAGUCCAUCUGGAGGGCAUGGGAUGAAAAUCUGAAGGAGUUCACCAAUGUGGCGCGCGACGUUACUCGGAGGCGCAACGAGAAAUUCAUCCCGAUCAAGGUCAUUCCGAGACACUCUCUGACACAAGAGCGCUUGAAGUAUAUCAGCACAUUCAGACAUAACCAUGAGCAACUUCAGAAGACCAUACUAAGCGUACUUGGUCCUGAGACGUCCUCCUAUUCACAGCUCCAUGGGACGGUAAAGGGUAGCGCUGCUGCUACCACCGAAGAGAUGGGCGAUGUAAAUGCCGUCAACGAGGUCUCGGAGGCAUACGCUGCUAUCAGAGACGUGGACGUGCUGGAAACGUCGGCUGAAGGCACUCGUCUCUGGGUGCAAGCAGAAGUGCAAUACAACGAGCGGACUUCUCGCGUUGAGAACUCAAUUAUUGCUCGAUUACGAGAUCGAUUAGCCACCGCCAAAACUGCCAACGAAAUGUUUCGUGUCUUUUCUAAAUUCAACGCUCUUUUAGUCCGUCCGAAAGUGCGUGGUGCUAUUGGUGAGUACCAGGCUCAACUGUUGGAGAAUGUAAAGCAGGACAUCGCGGCCUUACAGGAGCGCUUUAAGCAACAAUAUAGCAACUCCGAAGCCUCGCUCAUGUUUCAGUUGCGGGAUCUUCCACCUGUUUCCGGAUCCAUAAUCUGGGUUCGUCAGAUUGAACGGCAGCUAGAGAGCUACAUGAGAAGGGUAGAAGCAGUGCUGGGUGAGGACUGGGCACUCCAUGCCGACGGUCAGAAAUUGCAAACCGAGAGUAGUCUGUUUCGCAAAAAGCUCGAUACUCGUCACCUAUACGAAUCUUGGGUGCACGACGUACAGACUCGUAAGCUUGCUAUAUCUGGCCGUCUCUUUACAAUUAUGCGUACUCGGGCCUCGGGUAACCUGUACGAAUUGGGCGUUAACUUCGACACUCAGGUUAUAGCUCUUUGCAAGGAAGUCAGGAAUCUGUCCUGGCUAAAUUUUCCGGUGCCACACUCCAUCUCCACAAUGUCAAAAGAAGCCAGCCGCGUCUAUCCAUACGCGGUCAGCAUGAUUGAGAGUGCUCGAAGCUAUGUACAGACUACUCGUACGAUAUCUGGAAUGUCUGAGGUGGCGCCACUGCUUGCUGGAUACCAAAAGGAAGCCCAGGCGCUCAUUGUCAAAGGAUUGCCACUUCGAUGGGAAUCCCUUGUUCAUUCGUACGAACUUGUCAUGAAGCCAGCUGGUGACUUUGAUGGAGCUCUGUCUGGCAAAGGUGAAUCUGAACAUGUGCAGUUUGUCAGGGAUUUAGCUGUAUCAGUCGAAACUCUGCACAACAAAACUUCUACCUUGGUUUCUAUCAACGAAAAGAUUCAAAGCGCAAUUCUGGAACUCAAGAAGUGUGCUUUCGAAUUUCCAAGCCUCUCUGCGACGCUUGAGUCGAUACAGAACGCUAUUGACAAGCUAAACCUGGAGAAUUAUGCAAAUCUUGGUGACUGGGUAGAGCGGCUCAAUAUGCAGAUUGAGCAGAUACUUCAAGAAAGAUUGGCAAAGGCCCUUGGUUCGUGGUCAGCAGCAUUCAACUCUAACCGGUCCGAGGACCAUAUGCAAAUGGAACAGGUGGACGGUAUACGUCUCAACAAGACCGAAGAGCCUGUCGUCUUUCCUACCCUUUACCAUGAACUGACCAUGCAGAAUCAAACCAUUUAUUUGGAUCCCCCCCUUGAGUAUGCCCGGGGUAGCUGGCUCGAGCAUCUCGAUUCAUGGUUGAGCACGGUCUGCAAUCUCGAGCGCAUAAAAUCAUCAAGGUAUCAAUUGGCCACCGUCUCGCACGGUCAGGACGAAUAUCACAGCCGAUUCACCUCUCUCGCCUUGAGCUGCGUACAAGAUCUGCAUGAGGCAUAUGGUAUUGUAGAUAAAACCGUUUCAAUAAUCUCCGACUAUCUUAGGGACUGGUUCAGGUAUCAGUCAUUGUGGGACCUUCAAUCUGAUCAACUAUUCGAAAGCCUUGGCGAAGACAUUUCAAGUUGGCACCAAACGCUUCUGGAGAUUCGACAAGCGCGAUCAACGUUCGAUACUUCCAGCCUUAAGAAAACCUUUGGUAACGUGACGAUAGUUUAUGACCAGGUGCAAACAAAGAUUGCGGCCAAAUAUGAUCAGUGGCAACGUGAAGUCGCUUCAAAGUUUGGUAGCAGACUUGGAUUGCGGAUGAGGGAAGUGCAGCAUGAUAUCUCCCAUUCCCGUAAUGAACUCGAAGGUCAGGCUUUAGAAGCUUCGUCUACAGCCCAAGCUGUCGCCUUUAUCACAACUGUGCAAAUGUGUCGAAGGAAAGCCAAGGAUUGGGAGCCUGAAGUGGAGACAUUCCGACAGGGACAAACCACACUGAAUCGUCAACGAUACCAGUUUCCCAGCAACUGGAUCUCCAUUGACCAAAUUAACCAUGAAUGGGAGGCAUUCAAAGAGAUACUGGCUCGCAAAAGCAAAGUCGUGGAGGAUCAAACCGAAGCUUGGAGAGUUAAAAUCACGGCAGAAGAACGGAUGAUCAAGUCUAGAAUUGCAGGGACGAUUGACCAAUGGAAUGAAGAGAAGCCUGUCUCGGGUGCGACUGAACCUGAGAAAGCAUCCUCAGUGCUCGGAUCCUUCCGAUCCAGAUUCGAGAAACUACAAAGGGAAUCUGAGAUGGUGUCAAAGGCAAAAGAAUCCUUAGAUAUUCCGGGUAGUCCCGAGACGACCCUUGCGGGUGUUCUUGAAGAAGUGCAUGACUUCAUAGCUGUCUGGUCUGCUCUCUCCAAUAUCUGGCAGAGCAUCGAUGAGCUUAAAGUGACACCGUGGGCUAGCGUUCAGACCCGAAAGCUGCGUCAGUCCAUUGAGAGUCUUGUCAAAGUGGCCAAGGAUAUGCCGAGCAGAAUGCGUCAGUACGCAGCCUUUGAACAUGUGCAGAGUGUGCUCAGGCAGCUGCUGAAAGCAAACCCUCUUCUUUCUGAUCUGAAGUCCGAAGCCAUGCGAGAACGACACUGGAUCAAAAUCUUCAAGAUGCUGAAGCCUGGUAAGCGCUACUCUGAAGUGUCAUUGACACUCGGAGAUGUCUGGGACCUGCAGCUCAUCAGCACUGAGACGGUUGUCAAGGAUAUCAUCGUUCAGGCCCGUGGAGAGAUGGCGCUUGAGGAGUUCGUAAAGCAGGUUCGCGAUACAUGGCAGAACUAUGCGCUGGAGCUUGUAAGUUACCAAAAUAAAUGUCGACUCAUCCGUGGCUGGGAUGAUCUUUUUAGCAAAUGCAGCGAGAACCUCAACUCGCUGCAAGCAAUGCGUCACUCACCAUACUACAAAGAGUUCGAGGAGGAAGCGUCUUCGUGGGAGGACAAGUUGAACCGCAUUCACGUGCUUUUCGAUGUCUGGAUCGAUGUGCAAAGGCAGUGGGUUUACCUCGAGGGUGUCUUUUCUGGCAACACAGAUAUCAAACAUCUUCUGCCCACCGAGUCCAUGCGUUUUCAGAACAUUAACACAGAGUUCUUUGCCGUGAUGAAGAAAGUGUACAAGUCGCCCUUCGUCUUAGACGUCCUCACCAUACCAGGCGUGCAAAAAUCUCUUGAGAGAUUGGCAGACCUCCUCAGCAAAAUUCAGAAAGCCUUGGGAGAAUAUCUCGAACGGGAAAGGGUGUCAUUCCCUCGCUUCUACUUCGUGGGGGACGAGGAUUUGCUUGAGAUGAUAGGCAACGGCAACGACACAGCUCGCGUAGCGAAGCACUUCAACAAGAUGUUCGCAGGAAUUUCGGGCCUAAUUGUGGAUGACAACAACACGAUCAUCGGCAUUACUUCAAGAGAAGGCGAAACCCUGACAUUAAGGAAGGGAGUGUCACUCAUAAAGUUCCCAAGGAUAAAUGACUGGCUUGCUGCAUUGGAAAAUAACGUCAGGCUCACACUUGCGGAGAUGCUCGUGGAAGCAGUUGCGCAAUUUGAGCCAUUCAUGACUGGGUCGGUAGAAACUACCCUCUUCGAAGGAUAUUUAGCUGCUUAUCCAGCCCAGUUGGUUGUACUAGGAACUCAAGUCACAUGGACGAUGCUAGUUCAACGGGCUCUCGAACGAGGUGGAACAAGCCUUACAAGCAUCUACGACUCAGAGAUUCACAUUCUCAAUCUCAUAGCUGCUACAGUGCUCAGAGACCUUGAUUCCAUUACACGCAGAAAGUGUGAGCACCUGAUUACCGAAUUCGUGCACCAACGCGACGUUUUAGCAAAAUUGAUCGCGGCGAAAGCUUCAUCGCCCGAUCAUUAUCUCUGGCUUUUGCAAAUGCGAUACAUCUAUAGCGCAGAAGUCCCUGAACCCCUUCAGCGGUUACAGGUCCAUAUGGCUAACGCGAAAUUAAGUUAUGGCUAUGAAUACUUGGGGGUUCCUGACCGUCUUGUCCGAACGCCACUUACCGACCGUUGUUUCUUGACUUUGACACAAGCCCUGUGCCAACGUUUGGGAGGCUCUCCUUAUGGUCCAGCGGGAACAGGUAAAACAGAGUCCGUAAAAGCUUUGGGAUUGCAAUUAGGAAGGUUUACCCUCGUCUUCUGUUGUGACGAUACCUUUGACUUCCAGGCGAUGGGCCGGAUUUUCCUUGGUAUCUGUCAGGUCGGCGCCUGGGGCUGUUUCGAUGAGUUUAACAGGCUCGAGGAGAGGAUUCUGUCAGCCGUGUCGCAGCAGAUUCAGAAUAUACAGAUUGGUCUUAGGCAUGGCGAUGACGAGCAAAAUGCUCAGAUUGAGCUCGUUGGACGACGACUCCGAGUCAACUCGGACACUGGCAUCUUCAUCACGAUGAAUCCAGGAUAUGCCGGACGAUCCAAUCUGCCGGACAACCUGAAGAAAUUGUUUAGAAGUGUUGCGAUGUCCAAGCCUGACAAAGAGCUCAUUGCAGAAGUCAUGUUGUUCUCCCAGGGCUUCAAGCAAGCAAAGGCGCUCUCGAAGCAGACUGUGCCCUUCUUUGAUCACUGCUCAUCGCAACUCACAAGACAAGCUCAUUAUGACUUCGGCCUGCGAGCGCUGAAAAGUGUACUUGUUAGCUCUGGAGGACUGAAAAGAGCCAGAAUUACCGCUCCUUCGAGGCAGUUGGAUCCAGACGAUGCAGCUAUCGAGUCUCAAAUCAUUGUUCAGAGUAUUCGUGAGACCAUAGCUCCCAAGCUCAUCCGAGACGACGUCGAAACCUUGCUGAACAUACAAGAGGAAGACUUCCCAGGCAUUGAGUACAUCGCUGCCGAGACUGGACAGCUGGAUGCUGCCAUUCAGAGAAUCGCAAAAGAACAAAACUUCUUAACAACGGACGCAUGGAUGACAAAGAUCCUUCAACUGAAUCAGAUACAAAAGAUCCACCACGGCGUGAUGAUGGUGGGCAGUUCAGGGUCUGGUAAGUCUUCCAUCUGGAAAGUGCUUCUGCAAGCCCUGCAAGUGGUUGAAGGCACAGAAGGAGUUUCGCAUAUCAUCGAUUCAAAGGUAAUGUCAAAGGAGGCUCUAUAUGGCAGCCUUGACAGCACGACUCGAGAAUGGACAGAUGGCCUUUUCACUGGCAUUAUCCGGAAGAUUGUCGACAACCUCCGCGGAGAAGAUGCUAAGAGACACUGGAUCGUCUUCGAUGGAGAUGUUGAUCCUGAAUGGGUGGAAAACCUGAACAGUGUUCUUGACGAUAACAAGCUCCUGACUCUUCCCAAUGGAGAACGUCUUAGCAUUCCGUCUAAUGUCCGCAUCAUGUUUGAAGUCGAGACUUUGAAAUACGCCACUCUCGCGACAGUCAGUCGUUGCGGUAUGGUCUGGUUUAGCGACGAUACCGUAACAUCGAACAUGAUCAUCGAUAAUUAUCUCGAAGGUUUGAAAAUUAAAACCUUUGAAGAUCUUGAUGAGGACACGGCAAAUGCCGGCACGGCAUCCACAGCCACCAGCAGUUCUCAGACAGAGUUGAUCGAUAUGCUCAGGAAGAUCGUGCUUCGAAACGACUUCCUCUUGCAAGCCCUUGAAGUAGCACGAAAUUACUCGCACAUCAUGGAGUUUACAGACAUUCGAGCACUCAACAGCCUGUUUGGUCUUCUGAGUAAAGUCUGCCGGACAGUGCUCGAGUAUAACAUUCAGCACAAUGAGUUUCCUUUGGAUGUGGAGCAGAUGGAAGCAUUUAUCUCUCGGAAGAUGCUGCUCGCUGUAGUCUGGGCCUUCUCUGGCGACUGUCCAUUUCCAGAGAGAAAAGCCUUUGGUGACUACGUUGGAGCCCUCUCCAACGUUGACCUUCCUCCCAUGGCAGAGGCAGCCUCCUUGAUAGAUUUCGACGUGACAUUGCCACAGGCACAAUGGACAACAUGGCUGGCCCAAGUUCCCACGGUGGAGGUCAAUACCCAUUCUGUAACCCGAACAGAUCUCAUCAUUCCUACACUGGAUACCAUUCGGCAUGAACACAUCCUCUACUCGUGGCUUGCUGAGCAUAAGCCGCUAAUGCUAUGCGGUCCACCAGGCUCAGGCAAGACAAUGACAUUAUUCAGCGCGUUACGAAAGCUUCCCAAUAUGGAAGUCGUUGGUCUGAAUUUCUCCAGCGCGACGACUCCUGAACUGCUCAUCAAGACAUUCGACCAGUAUUGUGAGUAUCGAAAGACGCUGAACGGAGUCGUUCUGUCACCUACCCAAAUUGGCCGGUGGCUUGUUGUCUUCUGUGAUGAGAUCAAUUUGCCUUCUCCAGAUCGCUAUGGCACGCAGCGAGCCAUUUCGUUCCUCCGUCAGCUUGUAGAGCAGAACGGAUUCUGGAAGACGUCAGACAAAACGUGGGUGACUUUAGACAGAAUUCAGUUCGUGGGAGCCUGCAAUCCGCCAACCGAUGCGGGUCGUCAUCCGCUAGGAGCACGAUUCCUGCGACAUGCACCUCUCAUAAUGGUAGAUUAUCCUGGAGAACUAUCUUUGAGCCAGAUAUAUGGUACGUUCAACACUGCUAUUCUGAAGAUCAUUCCUCUACUCCGGGGCUAUUCAGGCGCCUUGACCAAAGCCAUGGUACAAUUCUAUUCAGAGUCACAAGCAAGAUUCAGUGCUAAAAUUCAACCUCACUAUGUAUACUCACCUCGUGAAUUGACUCGAUGGGUGCGUGGUGUCUAUGAGGCCAUCAGGCCUCUGGACAGUCUAUCAAUUGAAGGCUUGGUACGAAUUUGGGCUCACGAAGCUCUAAGGCUGUUCCAAGAUCGGCUGGUUCUGGAGGAAGAGCGAAUCUGGACGGCUGACUUGGUGCGAAGGGUAGCUCUGGAACAUUUCCCGACUGUAGAUGUAGAGGUUGCCCUGCAGGUUCCGAUUCUCUUCUCGAAUUGGCUUUCCAGAAAUUAUGUCUCCGUCGAUCAAGAGCAGCUUCGUGAAUUUGUCAAAGCUCGACUCAAGACUUUCUGUGAGGAAGAAGUCGAUGUGCCAUUGGUCCUUUUCAACGAUGUCCUUGAGCACGCACUGCGCAUCGACCGAGUCUUCCGACAGCCACAGGGGCAUCUGAUAUUGAUUGGAGUGAGUGGCAGUGGGAAGACAACACUUGCUCGCUUUGUUGCUUGGAUGAACGGCUUCAAGAUCUUUCAAAUCAAGGUCCAUGGCAAUUAUUCUGCGGAAGAUUUUGACGAGGACCUGAGAGGCGUGUUGCGGGCCUGCGGUUGCAGAGGCGAGAAGAUAUGCUUCAUUAUGGACGAAUCGAAUGUCCUAGACUCGGGAUUUUUGGAAAGAAUGAACACGCUGCUUGCUAACGGUGAAGUCCCCGGUUUGUUCGAGGGAGAUGAGCAUUCCUCCCUCAUGACAGCCUGUAAAGAGGGUGCCCAAAGACAAGGCUUACUCCUUGACUCCCAGGAAGAGCUGUAUAAAUGGUUCACGCAACAAAUCGUGAAGAAUCUUCAUGUGGUCUUCACCAUGAAUCCACCUCAAGAAGGCCUUUCCUCCAAGGCUGCCACCAGUCCAGCCUUGUUCAACCGCUGCGUGCUGAACUGGAUGGGCGAUUGGUCAGAUCAGGCGUUCUAUCAAGUCGGGCUAGAGCUCACGCAAUCCAUGGAUCUCGAUAAGCAAGGCUUCACGGCACCAGACAGUAUACCUCUAGCCUGUCGUAACCUUUCGUUGCCUGCUUCACACAGGGACGCUAUCAUCAAUGCAAUGGUCUAUGUCCAUUACUCCAUCCACCGUUUGAACGCGCGGAUGGAAAGACAACAUGGAAGAGUCACAUACUUGACACCUCGUCAUUAUAUUGAUUUUGUCUCACAUUAUGUCCGACUAUUCAAUGAGAAGCGUGAGAGUCUCGAAGAGGAACAACGACAUCUGAAUGUGGGCCUUGAGAAGCUCCGAGACACCGUCGACAAAGUUCGGGAUCUUAGAGCAAGUCUUGCCGAGAAGAAAGAGCAGUUGGAGAGAAAAGAUGCAGAAGCCAAUGAGAAAUUGCAGCGCAUGAUCGCCGACCAACGAGAAGCCGAAACACGGAAGAGAGCUUCGCUCGAGAUCCAAACCGCUUUAGAAAAGCACGACAGGGAGGUUGCGCAGCGACGAGAGAUUGUGGAAAAUGACCUAGCGAAAGCCGAGCCCGCUGUCCUCGAAGCCCAGCGAAGUGUAAGCAACAUCAAGCGGCAGCACCUUACAGAGGUUAGGUCAAUGGGAAACCCUCCAGCCGGUGUCAAGCUUGCUCUCGAGUCUGUCUGCACAUUGCUUGGCCAUCGUGCUGAUAGCUGGAAAACCAUACAAGGAAUCGUGCGUCGUGAUGAUUUUAUAGCAAGCAUAGUCAAUUAUGACAACGAGCAUCAGAUGACACCAAAUCUGCGCAGAAGGAUGAGAAACGACUAUCUUUCGAACGAAGAUUUCACCUACGAGCGAGUCAAUCGAGCCAGUAAAGCCUGUGGACCGCUUGUUCAAUGGGUUCAAGCACAGGUAGACUUCUCCGAAAUCUUGGAUCGUGUUGGUCCACUUCGCGAAGAGGUCGCUCAGCUUGAGGAACAGGCACUGCAAACGAAAGCUGAAGCGAAGGCUAUUGAGAACACCAUCACGAAGCUGGAAGAGAGUAUCUCCACCUACAAGUCAGAAUAUGCCGCACUGAUCAGCGAGACUCAGUCCAUCAAAACAGAGAUGGCUCGGGUACAGUCCAAGGUGUCUCGAAGCGUCAGCUUACUGAACAGCCUGUCUCAAGAGCGCAUGCGUUGGGAAGGUGGCAGCAAGUCAUUCGAAACACAAAUAAAGACCUUGAUUGGCGACGUCCUCAUCGCUGCUGCUUUCCUAGCAUAUGCAGGUUUCUAUGACCAGAACGACCGGAGGGGCAUGGUGGCCGACUGGCUGAAUCACCUAUCGCUAUCAGGGAUCGCAUGCAAGCCCAAUAAUCCGGUCACAGAAUACCUCUCUAAUGCGGAUGAACGACUACGGUGGCAGGAAAAUUCGCUACCUGUGGAUGACCUGUGUACUGAGAACGCUGUUAUCCUUCAGCGCUUCAAUCGGUAUCCUCUUAUCAUUGACCCGUCUGGUCGGACAACCGAGUUCCUGCGCAGAGAGAACAAGGAUCGGAAGCUGACGGUGACAAGUUUCCUUGAUGCCACGUUUAUCAAACAGCUGGAGAGUGCCCUCAGAUUCGGCAACUCAAUCCUGAUCCAGGACGCUGAGCAUAUGGACCCAAUUCUAAACCACGUCCUCAACAAGGAGUAUCAGAAAACCGGUGGUAGAGUCCUUAUCCAACUUGGCAAACAAGAGAUUGAUUUUUCGCCGGCUUUCAAGCUCUAUAUGUCCACCAGAGAUCCUUCAGCUGCAUUUCCACCAGACAUUUGCAGCCGCGCAACAUUCGUAAAUUUUACCAUCACUCGAAGCAGCCUGCGAACGCAAUCACUCGACGGAAUUUUGAAGGCGGAACGUCCUGAAGUUGACCACAGGCGGUCCAGUCUCAUCAAGCUGCAAGGUGAAUUUACUGCAAAUCUGCGACAGCUCGAACGGAAACUACUGCAAGCCCUGAAUGAAUCUCGGGGAAACAUACUAGAUGACGACCACGUCAUUGAAACACUUGAGACGCUGAAAAAGGAAGCCACGGAGAUCUCCAAGAAGAUGAUAGAAACCGAGGGGGUCAUGGCUGAGGUAGACAGUAUCACUCGUGAGUAUAGCGGAAUCGCCAACGCGUGCAGCGCCAUCUUUGCCGUUCUCGAGCAGCUCUAUCAGCUCAACCACUCCUAUCAAUUCUCCCUGCAGUACUUCCUCGAUAUCUUCAACUUCGUGCUCCACGACAUGAUGAAGUUGUCCGCUGAGACAAAUCUGUCGAAGAGAGGCGAGAUCAUCCUGCGAAAUAUCUUCAUUGAAACUUACCGUCGCACAUCGAUGUCCUUGCUUCAAAAGGAUUGCGUCACUCUGGCCAUGCUUUUAGCCCGAGCGUCACCGUACAAGCUGGAUCGCGCGGUUCUAGAUGUCGUGCUAGACCAGCGUAUUACCGGUUCAGACAUCUCCACUACACCAGAGCAACGCUCCGAGGUCUUGUCUUCAGUCUCGCACAUCCCCUUGGUCAAAGAACGUCUUUCGGGUGUAACCGAACAAGAAUGGGCCAGACUGGCGACAGAGGAACAUGCGGAGCAUGCUGUACCCGCCAUCUGGGGCUCUGAUGCAACAGCCGUAGACCAGCGACUUUGGUCUAUGCUAAUUGUCAGGCUCCUGAGGCUUGAUCGUGUCAUCCCAGCAGCAGAGGAAUUCGUCGCGACAAUCUUCGGGCAGGGGUUCUUUGAUAAUGUUGACGACCUCGGCACGGUUGUCAAGCAGGUCACAGCUCCUACACCAAUCGCUUUGAGUUCAAGUCCAGGCUUUGAUGCAAGCUACAAGGUCGAUGGACUGGUGGUGGCAACCCGUUCAAUCUGCGCAAGCAUUGCCAUGGGUUCAAGUGAAGGCGCAGCGAGCGCCGACAAAGCCAUCAGUAACGCUGCUGCCAACGGCACUUGGGUUCUGGUAAAGAAUGUGCAUCUGGCACCUCAGUGGCUGCAGAGUUUGGAGAAGCGGCUGACCUCACUGAAGCCACACGCUGACUUCCGAUUGUUCCUGUCGAUGGAAUCAAGCCCCAAGAUACCAGCCAAUUUAAUUAGAGCCUCCAGAAUCCUAAAAUACGAGCAGCCUGCAGGCAUCCGGGGUAAUAUGAAAGACUCGAUCUCGUCGCUGUCGGUCCGAGCAAGCAGACCGCCGGUUGAGAAGGCCAGAGUUUACUUCUUGCUUUCCUUUUUGCAUGCUGUCAUCCAGGAACGGCUACGCUAUGCCCCAACGCUUGGAUGGAAGGGCUUUUGGGAGUUCAAUGAUAGUGAUUAUGAAUGCUGUGCUGUCAUAAUAGAUACGUGGAUUGACAUAGUUGCUCAGGGCAGAUCCAAUGUUCCGCCUGCGAAGCUGCCCUGGGAUCUACUGCGCACGCUUGUUACUGAGAUGUAUGGGGGAAAGAUCGACGAUGAAAGCGAUUUCGAUCUGUUGGGACAGCUUGUUUCCAAAGUCCUCGAUCCUGCUGCGUUUGAGGACGACCAUAAACUUGCCGAAGGCGGAGAGGGUGAUGAGGGCCUCACAGCUCCGAGUGGGCGGACCAUACAGGAUUUCUCUGCAUGGGUUACCAAGUUGCCUGAACGGGAGCCGCCAACAUAUUUGGGCUUGCCGCCGAAUGCAGAAAAGCUUUUGCUUGUUGGACAGGGCCAGAGAAUGAUUGCGGAUCUAGAGAAGAUUUCUGAUUUGCUGGAUGAGGAGGAGCAAUUGGCGGCUGAUGCUGCAUAG